AUGGAUUCGUAGGAUUACGCAAAAUGGGCCCAGCAAUUGAUCAAUGUGUUAGAUGUGGAUAAAAAUGGAAAACUAUCCCUGGACGAACUGACAUCUGUUUUGCCGGAACCGAGAUUCGCAAAGAAAAUCGAGGAGCUUUUCAGAAAACACGAUGUGAACCAAGAUGGAGAAGUUGAUGUGAAAGAGUUACGCAAAUGGCUCGAAGCUGAGUACAAACGAGAGUGA